CUAAUCACUGAGAUAGAAAACAUGAGGCACAGGAUCAUUGAGAUUCACCAGGAAAUCUUUAACCACAACGAGCACGAAGUCAGUAAGAGGUGGACGUUUGAAGAAGCGAUCAAGAGGCCUUACUUUCAUGUAAAACCUCUGGAGAAAAUUCAGCUGAAAAACUGGAAAGAGUACUUAGAAUUUGAGAUAGAAAAUGGCACUCACGAGCGGGUUGUGGUCCUCUUUGAAAGAUGUGUCAUUUCAUGUGCCCUCUAUGAGGACUUCUGGAUUAAGUAUGCCAAAUACAUGGAGAAUCAUAGCAUUGAAGGAGUGAGGCAUGUCUACAGCAGGGCUUGCACAAUCCAUCUUCCUAAGAAGCCCAUGGUUCACAUGCUGUGGGCCGCCUUUGAGGAGCAGCAGGGCAACAUCGAUGAAGCAAGAAGAAUCUUGAAAACCUUUGAAGAGUGUAUUCUAGGGCUAGCCAUGAUUCGCUUGCGGAGAGUGAGCUUAGAGCGCAGACAUGGGAACAUGGAAGAAGCUGAGCACCUGCUGGAAGAUGCUGUUAGGAAUGCCAAAUCCAUUAGCGAGUCGUCGUUUUAUGCCAUCAAAUUAGCUCGACACCUCUUCAAAGUGCAGAAAAAUCUUCCAAAGGCAAGAAAAGUGCUGUCAGAAGCCAUAGAAAUUGACAAAGAAAAUACCAAACUGUACCUGAACUUGCUGGAGAUGGAGUACAGCGGCGACCUCCGGCACAACGAAGAGAACAUCCUGAGCUGUUUCGAUAAAGCCGUCAACGGCGCCUUGUCUAUAAAAAUGAGGAUUACCUUUUCCCAGAGAAAAGUGGAAUUUCUGGAAGAUUUUGGUUCUGAUGUAAACAAGUAA